GGCUCGGGCAGGUCCCCCGCGGGGUCCUUCGGCGACGGGAGCGGAGGGAGCGGGAUCGGCGGCGCGAUGAACCUGGAGCUGCUCGAGUCCUUCGGCCAGAACUACCCCGAGGAGGCCGACGGGACCCUGGACUGCAUCAGCAUGGCCCUGACGUGCACCUUCAACCGCUGGGGCACCCUGCUCGCCGUGGGCUGCAACGACGGCAGGAUCGUCAUCUGGGACUUCCUGACCCGCGGCAUCGCCAAGAUCAUCAGCGCCCACAUCCACCCCGUGUGCUCGCUGUGCUGGAGCCGGGAUGGGCACAAACUGGUCAGUGCCUCCACCGACAACAUCGUGUCGCAGUGGGAUGUUCUGUCCGGGGACUGUGACCAGAGAUUCCGCUUCCCCUCGCCCAUCCUCAAAGUCCAGUACCACCCCCGGGACCAGAACAGGGUGCUGGUGUGUCCCAUGAAGUCGGCGCCGGUGAUGCUGACCCUGUCAGACUCCAAGCACGUGGUGCUGCCUGUGGACGACGACUCCGACCUCAACGUGGUGGCCUCGUUCGACAGGAGAGGGGAAUACAUCUACACGGGCAAUGCCAAGGGAAAGAUCUUGGUCUUAAAAACAGACACUCAGGAUCUUGUUGCUUCCUUCAGAGUGACCACAGGGACCAGCAACACCACGGCCAUUAAAUCCAUCGAGUUCGCCCGCAAAGGGAGCUGCUUCCUGAUCAACACGGCCGACCGGAUCAUCCGCGUGUACGACGGGCGGGAGAUCCUCACCUGCGGCCGCGACGGGGAGCCCGAGCCCAUGCAGAAACUGCAGGACCUGGUCAACAGGACCCCCUGGAAGAAGUGCUGCUUCUCGGGGGACGGCGAGUACAUCGUGGCGGGCUCGGCGCGGCAGCACGCGCUCUACAUCUGGGAGAAGAGCAUCGGCAACCUGGUGAAAAUCCUGCACGGAACCCGGGGGGAGCUGCUCCUGGACGUGGCAUGGCAUCCGGUGCGGCCCAUCAUCGCCUCCAUCUCCAGCGGGGUGGUUUCCAUCUGGGCUCAGAACCAAGUGGAAAACUGGAGUGCCUUUGCCCCUGAUUUCAAGGAGCUGGAUGAAAAUGUGGAAUACGAGGAGAGGGAAUCGGAAUUCGACAUCGAGGACGAGGACAAGAGCGAGCCAGAGCAGACAGGUGCUGACGCCGCGGAGGAUGAGGAGGUGGAUGUGACCAGCGUGGAUCCCAUCGCCGCCUUCUGCAGCAGCGACGAGGAGCUGGAGGACUCCAAGGCCCUGCUGUACCUUCCCAUCGCUCCGGAGGUGGAGGAUCCCGAGGAGAAUCCCUACGGGCCCCCUCCGGACGCGGUGCAGAGCUCCCUGACGGACGAGGGGCUGGGCUCCGAGAAGAAGCGCCAGAGCUCCUCGGACGGGCCCCAGGCCCCCAAGAAAAAACCCAAAACCACCAACAUCGAGCUCCAGGGAGUCCCUAAUGACGAAGUCCAUCCGCUGCUGGGGGUGAAGGGAGAUGGUAAAUCCAAGAAGAAGCAAGCAGGCAGGCCUAAAGGAUCAAAAGUUUUGUAGGGUGUCCCCGGCAGCGAGGAGCAGAGAAGGAGCAAUGUGAUGAUCGCGCCCCAUCUGUCAGCACAGCCCCGCCCCGGCUAUGGGAACACAACCUGCGAUUCCCACCGAGCAUCCUGCACCACUCCCGCCCUUCCAGAGGGACCGGCAUUCCUGGGGACAUGUGGAGGAAGGAGCAGGGACCUCCUGGAACGCCACGUGCAGGCAGAACUGGAGCUGGGAAUACCUGGAUGUCCCCUUGUCCCUGAGGUUCCUCCUCUGCCUGUGCAGACUUUGCCUGGUUCGUUCUUCCUAAAUCCUCUCCAGGAUGAGGGAGGAGAGGGGAGAACCGGGACCUUCCCGGCUCUGAAUACACCUGGCAGGUCCCCUCUGUCCCUGUGGCACCACCAGCUCCUGACACCUCAAACCAGUUUGUUACUGGUGUGGAAACCAGAGCAAACCACUACAAACCAUUCUGUUCCAUGGCUGGGAUGAGCCUGAAGCUGCUUUUGGGGUGUUCAGACAUGGGUUUGACUCUGGUUUUGAGAACGGGGAGGAACAAGAACGACAAAGGCCCCACCUGCCUUCUCCACGCCACGCCCGGGCCACCCUUUGGGGACAAUGUGCCACUGGGAAGUGCCAGCUGCCCUCCGGCCCCACACAAACAGCAAAUCCCACCCAGCAGCUCCCCUUCCACACGGGGGAACCCCAGAAUCCCAGACUGGUUUGGGUGGGAAAAACCUUAAAUCUCAUCCCGUUCCACCCCUGCUGUGGGCUGGGACACCUCCCACAGCCUGGAGUGCUCCAAACCCGGCCGGGAAGGGACGCAGUGAACGAGAGCGAGGCAAGAUCUCCCUGGAAAUCUCUGUAUUGCAGGAACAGCCGGUGGGAUAAUUGCCAGCACGUCUGUCCUGCCCAUCCCUGUCCCCCCGGAGACGCCUGGCCCUUAUCAGGGAAGGAGCCACCAGCACUGAUAAGCUCCGAGCUGCUUCCCUGGCUCCAGGAUCCUUCCCCGCUCUGUAAUUGAAUUAAUGAGCGUCUCCAACCCGCUGUGCCAACGCCAACCUGUCUCCUUCCCCCUGUAAAUGAAGUGAUUCCCGGGAGCGGGAUGUUUUAUGGAAGAGGCGCUUCCAGCCGGGAACAGCCUGGGAUCAGCGGGAGCAGCCCUUGACCCGCAGCUCCCGGGGUUUGCCUCGCGCUCCGGCUGCUCCGGGAGGAGGCUGCAACG